AUGCAAUUACCAGACGGGGAGACAGUGCCAGGUCUGCUGGUUGCUCCUGCCACUGCGCGGCAAACAAGCUUGCCUAUGGCCGUCGUCGGUAUUGGCUGCCGGCUUCCGGGCAAUAUUUCCAGUCCCGCACAGCUCUGGGAUUUUUUGAGAGAAGGCCGCUCUGGUGUGGGUGAGGUUCCUAAGGAUCGCUUCAACAUCUAUAGCUAUAGGGGCGGCAAGGAUGAGCCGGGCACGACUCUCCCGUUGGGCGGAUACUUUCUUCAGGAUGACCUCCGCAACUUCGACAACCGGUUCUUCGGCAUCAAUAAUCGAGAAGCAGCUGUUAUGGACCCUCAGCAGAGGAGGGUGCUAGAGGUAGUAUUCGAGACCUUCGAGAGCGCCGGCGUAACCCUCGAUGAAGUUUCCGGUGCUAAUGUGGGAGUUUAUAAUUAUAUCGCCAUGCAGACGAAAGACCCAGAGAACUUAACGCGGUACAGUAACCUGGGCAUGGGCGCCACCAUUCUCGCAAACCGCAUCAGCCAUGCCUUCAACCUCAAAGGGCCGAGUUGUACGGUAGACACAGCUUGCUCGUCCUCUUUCUACGCGCUUCACCUUUCUUGCAACGCAUUACAGAAUGGCGAGUGUGAUUCAGCCAUCGUGGCGGGUGUCAACCUGAUUCAAUCCCCUGAGUUACAUGCGGCAGUGUCCCAGGGUGGGUUUCUAUCGCCAACAUCUUUUUGCCAUACCUUUGAUACUUCCGCUGAUGGCACUCAAGUCGGCGAUCCCAUGGAGGUAGAAGCCCUAUCGCGCGUUUUCCGCAAAGAGCAACGGACUUACGCAACAUUAAUUGGCUCAGUCAAGCCAAACCUCGGCCACGGUGAGGCGUCUAGCGGGUUGUCUAGUCUCAUCAAAGCUACCCUUGCCUUGGAGCAUGGGCAGAUUCCAGCGACCAUUAGCGUCAAGAAUAUCAACCCCAAGAUCAAGACUGAUGAAUGGGGCGUCGACGUCGUUACCCGCAUAACCCCUUUCCCAGUAUCCACCCGCCGUGUGCCAAGCCGCAUCAGUGUCAACUCGUUUGGUUAUGGGAGGGCGAAUGCCCACGGCAUCAUAGAGGAAGCGGACCAUAAACAAAAUCAAGUCUCAAUAAGCAAUGGGGGAACAGCUGCGGAAGGUUAUAAGCAGCCUCAAUCAACACAGCCGCCGUAUAUACUUCCCUUCUCUGCAAACUGCCCUCAAUCCCUUGAGGGCCGAGUGGAACGGCUAUCAAAUUCAGACCUUUCGUGCGUCUCAUUUGCCUGCCGUGGCUAUGUGAUCGCCCGACAAGAGACCUUGACACAAGAUAUCACAGUCGCAAACCUGCAACUUCCUACUUCCAACCUUGAGUUAGGUAGUAGAAAGAUAGCAUUUGUAUUCACCGGUCAGGGCGCCCAGUGGCAAGGCAUGUCUCGUCAGCUGUUACACUACCCAACGUUUGCCAAUACAAUUCGACAGCUCGACGACGAACUGAGGUCGCUUUCACGCGCUCCUGAUUGGAGAAUUUAUGAUGUCCUAAUGGACGAGUCAGACAGCUGCCCCAUCAACCAGGCAGUGUUCGCACAGCCAAUCACCACAGCUGUUCAGAUUGGCUUGGUGGUGCUGCUGCGAUCUUGGUCAAUCCUUGCUGGGGGAGCAAUCGGACACUCCUCUGGUGAGAUUGGAGCCGCAUACGUGGCUGGUCUACUGUCCGCGCGCGAGGCAAUCGUUCUUGCAUAUUACAGGGGUUACGCGGUUGCAAAACAAGCAUCAGCCGCAGGCGCCAUGGCAGCCGUUGGUCUGAGCUCGGAUAUAGCUCUGGAAUUGAUCACCAAGCUAGACCUCACCGACAGCGUUAAGGUAGCGUGUAUCAAUUCGUCAUCUAAUGUGACCAUCAGUGGUGACCGUGGGGGAGUUGAGACUCUGGUUACCUCUGUUCAGGCAAAAGGCGCGUUUGCUCGGAUACUGAAGACUGAUGGGAAAGCGUACCAUUCUCACCACAUGGUCAGCGUGGGUGAACUCUACCAAAACCUCCUCGAUGAAGCUGCCAUUUUUGCCAAAGACAUGGUCCCUGAAACAGAAAAUUCUGACGCAAAAAUGUACUCGACGGCUAUCUGUAAACCCUUGGAGCGCCAAACUGCUCGCACUACGUGGUACUGGAGAUUUAACCUAGAGUCCCCUGUGAGGUUCUCCAAAGGUCUGAAGGGGCUGUCAGAGUUGAUCGAUCCCGACUUGUGGCUCGAAAUUGGACCGCACACGGCCCUGAAACUCCCCAUCACGCAAACGCUUGGACAGGUGACACCUUACCACGGCACAUUAGAGCGAGGUCAAGAUGGAUCAGUGACACUACUCAGCUUCCACGGAUACCUUUUCGUUCAUGGCUUCAGUCUGGAUUUCACGAAGCUACUGCGCAGUUACCCCGACGGAUCUCCAGCUAGAUUCAUCUACGAUCUCCCAACUUACGCCUGCCAGGAGAGCCGAUUUCGCCAGAAUCCUAGGCACGAAUUGCUCGGGACAGAAGUGCCUGGAGGAAGCCCGGCAUCCUUUGCGUGGCGCAACCUAUUGCACCUCGGUCAUGUACCUUGGCUCCGGGACCACCGACUGGGAGAUACCGCCGUUUUCCCCGCCACAGGAUAUAUUGCCAUGGCAGUGGAGGCACUGAUACAAAAAGCUUUGCCCUCAGGCGCAGACCUAAUUAGCAAAUGCGUCAUCCUUCGGCAGGUAGCCUUGCUAAAAGCCCUCUCUUUAAAAGAUGAGGACUCUAUUGAGCUAUUUACCGAGCUUCGAUCGCUCUCGAUUUCCAACGUUCGCGAUUCGCAACAUUGGUGGGAAUUCCAAAUAUUCACCGUGAUGGACCGAAAUAGCUACACCCUUCACGCCAAGGGAAUGAUCCGGUUGGAUUGCAACCCCGAUGAUACUUCACACGCAGCCCCAUCCCCUGAUUGCCGACUGGCUGUCCGAACUAAACACGUUUGGUAUGACAUUAUUUCUCGAGGCGGCCUCAAGUAUGGUACGGCGUUCCAACGUAUAAAAGAGGUCUAUACACCAGAAAGCAAAAACAUCUUAUAUGCCGAAGCUCCAACCGAGUCAUUUGCCCCCGAAAUCCCCACCAGCGCUCAGGCGUAUCCUAGAUACUUCCUGCACCCGACACUACUGGACACUGUUCUUCAGCUUGCCCUCAUUGCAUGCAAUGGUAGCUCCCUUCAUGGGCUUGUGGCCCGGGCUGGGAUUAUUCGUGCCAAGGCUUCGGUAGUCGGACUUAAUAUGCACAGGGCAACGACAUACUUGUUCAAUCAGAAGAAACAGCCCGUGGUACAGUUUAAGGAUAUUGAACUGACCGCCUUCAGCGCACAAGAAGGCAUGGAGGAUGUCCGCCAUCCUAUGGGACGCGUGCACUGGAAGCCCGACAUAACACAGAUAUCCGAAGAUUCCGUAUUCUCUUCUGGUCUCGCUCAUGUGCUCUCUGUGACUGAUCUCGGAGCUUUUGGGUCCCGCUCCUGGCUGCUAGCUGCCCUGGACAUGAUUGUCCACAAGAAGCCUGAUUCCAGGAUUCUGUGUCUCGCAACCGACAUGUCUUUUGUAACCUUGGCUUGCUUGGAGGUCCUGGAGACCCCCGUAGUCUACCGACGUUUUGAGACAUUUUCAUUGGGUAGAAUAGGAUGCAAUGGAGCGCUGGAGGUUGCGGAAAUCCGCAAGCAUGCAGUGCCUUUAGGCCUUCGCUCUAUGGCUUACCGCAAGGCCACCUCGGAUAACCAGUACAACGUGUGCAUUCUGGGACAGGGAAGUGACCAUGCAGUGUUGGGCCACCUGAAGAAGCAUACCAACGACUGUACCUUUUUUCUGGGUCCUUGCACACAAUUUCCGGCCUCAGUGCCCUCAUCGCACUUGCAACUGACGGAUCGCGAUCACGGUGUAUACGUUCUACGUCCCAACCCCAACUUCACCCCACAAUUAAACCAUGUUGUUCUGAUCGGGGCUUCAUCUUCGGACGCGGAGCUAGCUAGUCAUUUAAGCCAAGAGUUGGACAGGCCGGUGCAGGCAUUGACGCUACGCGAUAUUCUCUCCUCACUCAUUUCGCCCCAAGCCUUGGUCGUCUCGGUGAUAGAAAUGCACAAAUCCCUGCUGUCAGACCCAACGGCAGUGGAGUACGAUGCAUUCAAAGAAUUGAUCGAGCAUGCUGCCCAUAUCUUCUGGAUUAGCGGAAGUGGUGUUCACAACGGAUUUGAUCCUACACGGUCUAUCUUUACCGGUCUGGCUCGGGCUCUCAUCGUCGAGCAGCCCUCUACCAGGAUCUUCUCUCUGGAAAUUGACCCAGCAACUGAAUCGUCAGUGGUUUCCCGAUGUGUCCGCCAAAUUUUGCAGCAGAAGAAUGAAGUAGACUUUGAGUACAUCCGCGACAGCUCCGAGCUCCUGAUCAGCCGCGUUGUGCUCGACGAGCGGUUGAACCGUGAAUUCAGGAGACGACAAAACAGCAUUCCCAUUCUCAAGCCACUAGCUCAGGCUGACAACGCCUAUUUGUUAGUUCCGGAGCCAGGCCAACUAAACUCGGCAAGGUUUGUGCAACGGCCAUUAUCACCCACCCUGCCAGCCGACCACGUUCUUGUUAAGGUUGUAUGUGUGGGUCUCAAUGCCAAAGAUGCUUAUGUGAUGGCCGGUCGAGUGUCGACGAAAAAUGCCACCUGCAGUUCUGAGUUCACAGGGCAGAUUGUGGGGUUGGGUGCCGACGUGCAAUCAUUCGCGGUCGGCGAUCGAGUGGCAGUCAUGCAUAAUGGCCACUUUGGCACCUACGAGCCGGUUCCUUGGUGGAGCUGUAUCAGGCUAGAGGAUAACGAAGACUUGGUCAUCAUGGCGGGCGUUCUCGUUGUGUUUUUCACAGCCGUGUACGCGCUCGAAUACCGCGCACGUCUCCAGCCCGCUGAGUCGAUUCUCAUUCACUCUGCUGCUGGUGCUGUCGGCAUUGCAACCAUCCAACUCGCUCAGCAUCUUGGGGCAGGCGAGAUUUACGCUACCGUGGGCAAUGAGGAAAAGAAGCGGUAUCUGGUAGAGCAAUUCGGGCUCCGUUCCGAGAACAUCUUUUCCUCGCGUGAUAUCACGUUCGCGGAGAAGGUUAAAGUCCGAACUAGAGGCCGCGGUGUCAAUGUCAUUUUGAAUUCCUUGGUGGGGGACCUCCUCCACGAAAGCUGGAACUGCCUAGCCGACUGGGGGCGCUUUGUCGAGAUUGGUAAACGCGAUAUUCUCGACUGCCGUAAGCUCAACAUGUCCACGUUUGCGCGCGGAACUACUUUCACUUCAUUCGACCUGAACAUGCUGAGCGAGCUCGACACGCCCAUAGCGGCUCGCCACUUGAAGUGUACAAUCCUUGCGCGUGUUUUGCAGCUGGUCCGCGCCGGACACGUUCGGCCCGUUCAGCCCUUGGCCGUCUUCCCCGUCUCAGAACUGAGUGCAGCCUGCAACCACUUCAACAACGCCAAGCGGAUGGGUAAAAUCGUAAUUUCCUUUGAAGAUGAGACGCAAAUCGUCCCAACGGUUCCUGAGAUCUACAGCACCGUUCUUAACCCAAACAAAUCUUACCUAAUGGUCGGCUGUCUCGGCGGCCUCGGUCGAAGUCUAUCACGGUGGAUGAUGAGCCGCGGCGCCCGUCGCUUCGUAUUCCUCGGCCGCACGGGUUUAGCCAAACCAGCUGCCAGGCAAAUUGUCCAGGAGCUGGAAGAGGCUGGGGCCCGCUGUACCGUCGCAACCGGCGACGUCAUUGUGUACGAGGACGUCGAACGCGCAGUAGCGGCAGCAGUUGCUGAUGCGCCUCUAGGGGGAGUGAUUCAGGCCGCUAUGGGCCUCCACGAAGCCAUCUUCAAGCACAUGCCUCGCGAGCACUGGCUCAAAGGCACGCAAGCCAAGGUGCGCGGAACACGGAAGCUUCACCAAGUCCUGGGUAAACUCAAGUGCGAUUCCGCUCUGGAUUUCUUCCUUCUGACCAGCUCGGUCGCUGGGCAGAUUGGCACAGCUACUGAAGGCAACUAUUGCGCUGCAAACCACUUUCUGGACGUGUUUGCUCGCUAUCGCCGGAGUCUCGGGCUGCGCGCUAUCUCCCUCGGAUUGGGUGCUAUAUCCGAGGUCGGAUACCUCCACGAGCACAGCGAAAUCGGCGAGCUCCUCCUUCGCAAGGGCAUCCGCCCACUCCCUGAGAAUGAAGUCCUCCAAGUUAUCGACUUCGCCCUCUUCUCCGAGAUCGAUCAGGAACAAACCGUCCCUCGGGAUCGCCUCGCACAAUGCCACAUUCUAACUGGUAUUGAAGACACCGGACUUCAAGACCACCGCAAACAAGGCUUUACAGGUUUUUGGCACAAUCUAGACAACACCCGCUUCUCGGUACUCAUCAACGCCCUGCAGCGCCAGGCAUCCCAGUCCGAAGGCGGAAUUAACACCCCUGCGUCGGUAAUUCAAACUGUACUGGCGUCAGGCGACGAGAAGCAAGUACGUGAAGCGGUGAAUCAGGCAUUGGCGAAGAAGAUGUCAAACAUUAUUCUAUUGCCGCUACCGAAGUUGGAUGUGAAGUUGCCAUUGAGUGAGUAUGGCAUGGAUAGUAUGUUGUCGGCGGAGCUAAGACAGUAUAUAUUCAAUUCGAUGGGUGUGGAUGUCCCUUUUUUGACCUUGAUGGAUUCGGCGACGUCGGUGUUGAGCAUUGCUGAGCUUGUGGUGGGGAAAUUGGGGAAGAUUAUGGGGAAGGAGGCGAACUAG